UGCAGCCUGUGUCUCACAUCCAGAAAUGUGGAAGCUCCCGUGAAGAGAACCCAUUCCAGGACUAGAAUAAAACCCUCUCCUUCAGCACAACCCCGAUCAGAACAUAGAUCAUAGCUUGCAACAAAACCCAGGUCAGAUUUUGGACCAGGCUUGGUGGAGGAAUCCAGAACGUUCGGUCAAAGAACCCGACCCAGGUUUUUGGUUAAAACUCGUAGAGAAAUCAGUGUCCAGUGGAACAAAUCCUGACCAGCGCGAUGUUGCUGUUCCUGCUGCUGCUACUUGCGGGGACCGGGGUGGGAGCGACAAUUCCCACAAAACAAGGAUUAAGUGCCAAAGUGGGUAAAGCAGAAGUAACCACAAACGUUCCAGAAAUUCCAGGAAUCCUGCAAAACCCUGAAAACCCGGACCCAGAGGAGGGAGUGAGAAGUCUGGAAACACCCGCGGGAACUGUGGGAACUAUUGGAAAAUCAGAGGUGACGGCAAGCCUCAGGGGAAAAGAUAGAGCCGUGGAAAUUGAGUUGAAAGCUUCUGAAAAACCUCAAAAACUGGACGGAGCCACGAGGUUUCAAGAAAAAGUUGGAAAAGUUGCAACUGGAAAGGAGCCUCAGGAAAAAGAAGGAAAAGCAGGAUUGAAAUCUGAGAUGGCAUCCAAAAUUGUGAAACCGGUAACAGUGGUGGUGGUGAAAAAGCUGCAGAAACCUGGAGUGGGUAUCUUGAAAAAACCCACGGGAGAGGGAGACAAAGCCCAGAAAGGCAGUAAGUUGGAAAACAUUGGAAAUCCAGGGAGCACUGGGGAUUUGGGAAAGCAAGAACCCUUGAAAUCAGCUGAAAUUCUCGAUGCAAAGCCAGGAAUUGUUGAGGAAUCGGGAGUGAUUGGAAAAGCAAAUGUGGUAGGGGCAGGUGGGUCAGGUAAACUCAGAACAGUAACAUCAGGAAUUAUUGGGAAAGUUAGAAUUCCGCAAGCAAAGACGAUUGCACAAGGUAAUGGAACAAUUCCCAACAAGAAGGGCAUUCCGGAAAUUUACGCAAAAGUGGGGCUGCUUCCCGAAGUUAAAGCCAAUCGGUCAGGAAAUCCAGUGGGAUCUGCACUCUCGGGGAAACCUGAGGGUAAACCUGAUGAGUCCGAAAAAGCUGGUGUCUCUGGAAAGGAUGCUCAUGCAGCGACUGUGGGGAAAAAUGGGACAUGGUUUCGAAGAAUUGUGGCAAAGAACGGGACGAAGCUGCAAGGCAGUGUGCGAAUAAACGGGACGAAGCCGGCGCAAGUCAUCGUGGGGACCGCCACGCAACGGCCUGUGAGUGCGGUGUUGGCACGCCGCGUCGGCGCGGUCCUCGCGCCGGUGCGCGCCGUGGAGGAGCUGCCCGCCGGGACGCGCAACCUCGUGCUGCGCUGUCGUGCCGAGUACGUCGCCUGGAGAUACCCGGCGCAUCUCCACGAUCUCCCCGACGCACUCAGGAUUUCGUCUGGUCCCGGCUACAGCGAGCUCACCCUGCACAACAGCACCUCCGCAGACACAGGCGCCUUUAGCUGUCGUGGCAAUAGCAGCAGCAUCAACGGCACGCGCAUCGCCACGGCCACCACCUACAUCUACUUCACAGACCCCUCCACGCUGCUCGUGAGUCGCGGGGAGCCGUUCGGGCUGGUGGUGGCGCGGGGUCCCCGCCCUGCCGUGGUGCCGUGCCGCGCCACCAACCCCCGCGCGCACGUGCAGCUCCAGAGCGCGAGCCACGCGGGGAGCGCGCCUCCCAACGUGACAUACGAUCCCCGCGUGGGGUUCCUGCUGGAGAUCCCUCCACCCGAGGCUGCGGGGCUGCUACGCUGCGUCGCGACGCUGGGCGGUGUGCGCCAAUCGUCCGUCCCAUACCUGCUCGUCUACGUGGAUUCCCCUUCUGAGGCCCCGGUGGCUGCACUGGUUGCAUCGACAUCGGCCGCCAGUCUCCAAGAUGAUGUUACCCUGGUCUGCGAAGUCAAGGGACAGGCUGGGGUCACGGCUGAUGUCUCCUGGAAAUUCCCUGGGCAACAGGCGGGGCGUCCAACUGUGCGCCUCGAUUACUACGAGGACUUCCCUUCGGUGCGGGAGACACGCAGCGUCCUCCUCAUCCCCGCAUUCCUCGCACAUGACGCAGGGGAGUACCAGUGCAGCGCACACAAUGCCAAGGGAGUCUCCAUAGCAACUGCAAACAUCAUCCUGUUGCCUGGCAACCCCAUCAAGGCGGGGUUACGUGACCAGCAGCAGCCAAUCAACAGCAGCCUGGAGGAAGUGAAGCGCCUGUACGACCAGGUCAAGAAAUCUGAGUCACAUGAUCGCAAGCAGCCAAUAAUAAACCCAGAGUUGACUGGACAAGAAAAUCCGAUUGGGGCGACUGUAAAGCCACAUGAUGAUAAGCAGCCCAGAAAAUCAGCUCCAACACCAGUCCGGAAUAAACUAUUUGGAAAUUUUCUGAACCGAAAACAGCCUUUUGGAAAACCAGUCUUGAGCGGGCAGAAUAAAACGAUUGGAAGAUUUCAGAAACCACCCGUGCUAAAGCAGCCAAUCAAAUCGGUUGGAUUGGCAACACAAAAAUUGGCAAUUGCGAGCUUGCGAUCACGCGGCCAAAAGCAACCGGUCAAACAUGGGGUGUUGCGACAGAGCGAGGAGAUCAAGGACAUCAAGUCAAGUGAUCAAGAGGAAAUUGGACUAGUUGAAACAGGUAGUAGUGAGCAAGCGCUGUAAUUUAGGAUUAAGUUAUAUCGAUUUAUAAGGGAUCAUUUGUGCAGUGAUAUUUCUACCCCAUGACAACUUUAAUACAGGUAGGAACAACAGGUUCCACACUGCCCACCAGGGAUUAUUUGUCUGUCUGUCGUGCAUAUUUGUCUGUCGUGCACGAAUGCGCUGUCCAACCAAGUUCCUACCUGCCCACUCCGAAGGAACGUGUUACUAGUUUCACAUAGUAAUCAGUGCAGUUUACCCCUGCUACCACACGUGGCAGCUAUGAACCAACUUUAAUAACCACCAAUAAAGCAUCCUGUUGGUAUAUACUUUAAAGUCUUAAUGAAAUGCUUAUACAUGGCCUCCUUUAGAUAAAAAAACAUAUAUAUUGUCAGAUUCCCGAUACUGUCAUGUGGUCUAAAUGUUUCACCUUAGCAGCGGUGCUUUGUUAUACUCAUCGCUUGUUAGUUUGUAAUAAAGUGGGAGAUUACUGUAUGCACAUUUAUGGAUCACGUACAUUGUAAGUUUGUCAGUAGGGAUGGGGAAGGAGCAGGAGGUGCUAAGAAUUACUGGGUACAGAUAGGAUUGCCUUCAGCUCGGGCCAUCGGUAAGUACAACAACAUGCCGACUGUCGGGUGAAUGAAACCUCGUGUUGAACUGGAAGCAGAAUCGCAGAAACAUUUAAUUGACCUUGUAAAAACAAGUGUAUUUACUCAUUGGUAUUUACAGCCCAUGGGGCUAUACCAGUGGUCUUAUUAACCUUUGUUUCAUCUUCUUGGUUCUUUCGGUAAAGUCAAGAAGAUGAAUCCCUGCAGUCACGAAAGCUUUAAAUCGAAACCUUUGUUUCUUGCAAGGAUGACUAAUUAAUAAGCGAUGCCUGCUGUUGAUAAGUCAAGACGGGGAUACAAAAUUGUAAUUGCAUUGCAAUGAAUCACAAUCUAAUUCAGUUGCAAUCAAGUACAGCUGUACUAAAGUUUAGUUUCUGCAAUAAUUUAUAUUGUGGUAAAUAAUAAAACCAUAACUGAGUAGGCAACAUCAUUGGUUGUAAGGUAAUAAAAUAUAUUUCUGCCGAUUGCCUGUUUCAAUUACAAGUCGUUUUUAAAAGUAUGUAAAACAAAAUAUCUGGUUAAAAUAGUAAAAGAAGCAUUCUGCAUUGUGAUGUCAUUUUUGGGGGGAUGCCACGACGCCAGGAAGUAAAACUUUAAAAAUACUGUAUGCUUUGUAAAAAAAAAAUCCUUGUAAGAAGAAAACUUUAAAAUGCCUUAGAAGUCAUGUUUUAACUACAA